CCAGUUCUCCCUCACUCCUGUCCAGGUGAAGAGUGAAGAUGAUGGAGCAACCAGCAGCUGGACUCAACACAUGAAGACAGAAGCUGAUGGAGACACCUGUGGAGGAGCAGAAGCAGCCAGUGACUUGGAUACACCUCUCCUCCCUGACCACCAGAGGUCGCCUUGUUCUGACUCUGACACUGAUGACAGUGAGGACUGGAGAGACACCAGUGACAAUCGAUCAGGUUCUGCUGAGAAUCUGGAGGUUCAUGUCAGUGAGAAGAAAGAUGAUGAUGACAGUGAUAAUUCAAAGACCGGACUGAAUCUACCCGUGAAAACUUGCGGGGGACCUUUGACUUGUUCUGUUUGUGGAAAAUAUUUUGGAAGUAGACGUAAUCUGAUUCGCCACAUGAGACUUCACGCUGAAAAAAAACCUUUCAGCUGCUCUCAGUGUGGUAAAUGUUUCUCGCAGAGUAGACAGCUAAAGGUUCACAUGAGAAGUCACAGUGGAGAAAAGCCUUUUAGAUGCUCGCAGUGUGGUAGAUGUUUUGCCCAUAGCCAAGUCCUGAAGGCCCACAUGAGAAUUCAUACUGGAGAAAAACCGUUCAAAUGCUCUCUGUGUGGUAAAGGUUUUACACAAAAGAGUCUGUUGACAACUCACACAAGAAUACACACUGGUGAAAAACCUUUCAGCUGCUCUCAUUGUGGUAAAUGUUUUUCACACAGUGGGUCCCUUAAGACUCACCUGAGACUUCAUCCUGGAGAGAAUUCUUUCACAUGCUCUCAGUGUGGAAAGGGGUUUACACAGAGAUAUUACCUGAAGAGACACAUGAGAAUCCACACUGGAGAACAUCCUUUCAGGUGUCCUCAAUGUGGCAAAGGCUUUACGCAGAGCCAAUACCUAAGUGUGCAUAUGCGAAUUCACACUGGAGAAAAACCUUACAUAUGCUCUCAGUGUGGUAAAUGCUUUUCACAGAGAGGGAGCCUUAGUACUCACAUGAAACUUCAUACUGCAGAAAGCACUUUCACAUGCUCUCACUGUGGUAAAGGUUUUAGGAUGAGCCAUUACCUGAAGAUGCAUAUGAAAAGUCACACUGGAGAAAACCCGUUCAGAUGCCCUCACUGUGGUAUAUGUUUCUCACAUAACAGGGGCCUUAGAAUUCACCUGAAACUUCACGCUGGUGGAAACCUUUUCACAUGCACCGCGUGUGGGAAAAGUUUUAAGAGGAGCUACACCUUGAAGGUGCACAUGAGAGGUCACACUGGAGAAAAGCCUUUCAAAUGCUCGUAUUGUGGUAAAGGUUUUUCAGAGGGCAGGUACCUUAAGAGUCACCUAAAACUUCAUACCAGAGAGGAUCUUUUCGACUGCUCUCACUGUGGUAAAGGUUUUACACGGAAACACUGCCUGAAGAUACACAUGAGAAGUCACACUACAGACUGAACGAUCAUGUGCUCGGCCUGUGGAGCAUAUCUAUCGCUGUGCUGGGGCCUCAUUUACCAACCGUGCCUGCAAAUAAAUGUGCUGUACCUUGCAUGAGGAAAUUGCGAUGCAAAGAAUGGCAUUCAUUCAUUUUUUGUUGCCCAGGAACAUGUGUAAAUCCACACACAGCUCUGAUCAUGCGUACAGACAGAAACUAGAAGCAGAGCGUCUAAGUUUGUGUGUCUGCCUGGAAAAGUCUGCAACAUCAUCUCAGCUUCACAACUUCACAGUCUGAGUGUUUCCCGAUCUUUGAAGAGAUCGAAAGUGUGCGCGAGGGAAUAAUCUCAAGACCCCUUUGUGCGAUGAUUUAUUUAUUUCACUCCAACAACUUUUUCUACGUACAUGUUGGUCAAUGUGGCUUUAGGUACUGCAAGUCUGUCUUGAGACUUGAUUCUGGAGAAAGUCUCGGUUGACGUCUGUGCUGAAGAGGUCCACACGCUCUCAGCAGGGUUGUUGAUCCUGAUGUGGGCUGUUCUGUAGAGUCCAGCUUCAACCAGUAAAUGCAAAUGAGAUUAAGAUGCCAUGGGACAAAUGUUUUCAUGUAAUAUAAAAUUAAAAUAAAGGACU